UGUUUUGGGGAGGGGAUGGGUGGUCCUUGUUCACCUUAAAAGCAGGUGAUCCUGAGGACUGCAGGUAUCCUCACAGUUUACCUGAUCUGAGUGUCAUCUCCCUCUUACCAGCAGCAAUAUGUCUAAAACGAGAGAUUACAGCAGCCAGUCCUACACUCCCGGGAGCAAGCCGGCCAAAAGCACCGCGAGCAACAAGAUCGACACGUCGGGCAAAUCCAGAGAGAAGGAUGACAUGGUGGGACUCAACGACAAGUUCGUCAGGCUGAUCGAAAAGAAAAAGAACUUGGAGGAUCAGAACAAAAAGCUUAACACAAAACUGAAGAUCCUCAUGGAGAAGGAGGACUACAGUGGAAAAAUUAAUGUAAUCGUCAAGCAGUUGGAAAACGAGAUGGAGCAGCAGAUCGAGAACUUGCUCAACGACCAAGAAAAACUGAAGGCUGAGCUGCUCAUGAACCAGGAAGAUGUUGACGACACCAAGAAGAGUUGUGAAGUUGAGUUUGUAAAAAAAGCUGAUCUGGAGAACGAGUUUAUCAUCAAGAAAAAGGAAGUAGAUGAGGGCCACUUGGAUGCAGUAGAUCUGGCUUUGGAGCUGGAAGACCUGAUGAGAAAACUGGACUUCCUCAGGAUUGGCUAUGAUGAGGAGAUCAAGGAGAUGGAGUCGCAGGUCCAGAACGAGUCAGUGGUCUUACGCGAAAACAGCAAACGAUCCCUGGAUAUGGACGAAAUCAUUAAUGGUGUCAAGAAUCAGUAUGCAGAUCUGGCCUCCCGCGGCAGGGACGAAGCAGAGCAGUGGAAUCAGAAAAAGAUGGAUGCGCUGGUCCUAAAUGCAGGAGAGCGUGAGCAGGAAGUGCGUGAUUUAAGGAGGGAUAUCGCUGACCUGGUGCGCAUCAUCCAGAGGCUCAACGGGGACCUGGAGGCUCUCAUAAGAAAGGAAGAGUCCCUGAAGAGCCACAUCACUGAGUUGAAGCAAGAUGGCAACGCAAACUUAGAGAAGGCUCGGGAGGACAUCGCCAGUCUGGAGGAGGCCUCUAGGCGGGUCAGACAGGAUUUGGCGGGUCAGAUCCGAGAACACCAAGAGCUGAUGAACCUCAAGCUGGCUCUGGACAUCGAGAUCGCCACCUACAGCAAGCUGCUGGAGGGCGAGGAGCAGAGAAUGAGUAACCUCAUGCGUCGCCCAGAUUUUCCCCUGCCAUCGAAGAAACACCUUCCAGAGAAACCACGAGCCCCAGAACCCUCCGAGGUCCAGAGAGAAACUGCUAUCCCAGGCUCGAAGAAACGCCUGCUGAUCCAGGUGGAGGUGGAGGCCGGAAAAGUGGUGUCCGAAAGCUCCCAUUACUCUGAAGAUUGACCGGCACUGUCCAUCACACAGUCUCUGUCCGCAAAAUGUGAAUCAAAGAAAUUCAAAUCACUGUGAACUUCUCUUUAAAUCCAAUACUUUAUCUUUACGCUCUGUGUGCAAAAGCUUCUUGGAAGGUUGAUCGUUUUUUCCUAGAAUCCGUGCUUGUUUGAGAUGUUUUCGUUUAUGUCCAGUGGCAGUGUUUUAAAAAAUGGUUUCUUAUCUUUGUUCGCCUUUGCAAAGGUUCUUUUUGUGUAUUUUUCAGCUUUAUUCAGUUGUUUCUCUCCUAACUUUGUGAGCAAAAAUAAGAUUGUGUAUUUGUGAUAAAGAAACUACGGUGGCCCUGAAGUGCAAGUCAAAACAGCA